AUGUUAAUUUUAUCGGUACUAUUUAUAUAUGUCACAGUAAAAUCAGAUUCAAGUUGUGUAUACCUAACACAAAAUACAAACUGUAAAAAUAUCUUAAACCAAGAUUAUAAUAAACAAAAUUACACAUUCAUAAACCCUUUAAAUAUUAUAAAGUCCUGGGGAACAUUUAAAGGAAGAGAUGAACUUAAAACGGAUUACGACGAUGAUCAGAUUUCAAAGACAAUAAAUUUACCAAGGAAUGUUUGGCCUUCUUUCCCAGACGUUAACGAAGCGGGAAUUGAGAGGCAAGAAAGAGUACAAAAAUACUGGGAGGAAAAAAAUGUGUACCAAAAAUUGUUUGAAAAACGCUUUUUAAAUAUCCUGAAAGAAACUAAAAGAUACAAAUAUUUGUUAAAUCACUUUAAAAUCAUAUUUGAUGGACCUCCGUACGCAAAUGGAGUGCCACACUUGGGACAUUUCCUUAACAAGACCAUAAAAGAUGUGUUUCUAAGGUUCUUUUUAUUAAAAGGGCAUUUGCCAAUAAUGAUCCCUGGCUGGGAUUGCCACGGGAUGCCAAUAGAACAUAAAAUUUUAAAAAUGUACAAUACAGAUGAUAAUUUGGAUCGAAUUAAUAAAGAGCUUAUUAAACAUUUAAAGGAAAAGGAAGAGGAACCAGACCCAGAAAUCGACGAGAUGUUCAAGUCAGUGGAACACCCACUCUUCACUGAUGAAGGAUCAAUAUAUGUGAAAAAAUAUUUAAAUAAGAUUGAAGAUAACUCUGAGGAGGAAAAGGAAGAAAAACUCCAGAAAGAAAAGAAGAAUUGGACGAUUUUUGUAAGGGACAAAUGUCAAGAACUAGCAUAUAGAAACAUAAAAGCCCAAAAAAUAUAUUUUAAAAAUGCUGGAAUUUGGGGCUUUUGGGACUAUUACUAUGCAACAUACCAUUCAAGAUUUGAAAAGCUGACGAUGACAACCUUCAUGAGGUUUUACGAUACAGGCCUUGUUUACAAAGAAUUGCUCCCCCAAAUUUACAGCACAAAGAGUAAAUCGGUGUUGGCAGAUUCUGAAGUAAUUCAGAAGACUAAAAGAGUUCUGACCUCGUUCAUAACAUUCAAUGUGGAUUUAGAAACGUGUUCAAAAGGAGUUUUAAAGAAUCUCAAGGCUAAGAUGAAAGAGUUGGGCUUGAAAGACUUAAAGUUGGUAGCCUGGACAACUACAAGUUAUACCAUUCCAGGAAAUAAAGGAUUAGCAGUGGAUCCCAAGGGGGAUUAUCACUUAUAUAGAAAAGGAAACUCAUUAUAUAUAAUGAAUGAUCUCCCAACUAAGUCAAGUGAUCCCUUUUGGUCAGAGUUCAAGCGAGUAGGGAGCCUAAACCAGUUGAAUUCCUCAGUCGAGUCAAAAGAAACACAAUUAAAUGGAUCUGUAAAAUCAAAUGGGCCUGAAUUUAGGGAAUAUAUAAUUGAUGGAUUUGACAUGGGCGGUUUAGAGUACUAUGACCCAGUGUAUGGGAAUAAAUUUAGUGUAUAUUAUGGGAAUUAUGUAGAUUUAAAAAAGGGGACGGGAAUAGUCCAUUUAAGCCCAGCACACGGCUUUGAUGAUUAUAACACAAUUAAUGCAGACAAGAGGUUCAAGUCAUCCAAUAACAACAAUGGUUUCAGGUACUGUAACCUGUUUGACAAGGAUGAAAACUUUUACCCAGAUAUCCAUUUCGGACUCGUUGGAAUGAACAUAAGAGAUUUCAACGAGAAUAACUUGUUGGAAUUAUUGGGGGAAAAUUUACUAAAGUAUGAAUAUAAGGAUAUAGAAGUGGAUGUGGAUUGGAGAUGUGAAAAUCCAGUACAUACAAGAUUGACAAAGCAAUAUUCGUUAUCACUACCACAGAGAGAAGAGAUUGUGGAUCUCCUAAAUCACAUCCAAAUAACACCUAACUCUGCACGUAAAUAUUUAAAUAAUAUAAUAAUGGCGAGGAAUAGAGACUGGUGCCUGUCAAGGCAGAGGUGCUGGGGAGCACCAAUACCAUACGAAGAUAAAGAGUGCUUGAUGACCUACGAGUCUUUUGAGGAAGGAAUAUCUGAUAGGGUUUGGAAAAAGUCGAACCGGAUCCUAGACACCAUGGACAUUUGGUUCGAGUCAGCAAUGGUUAGCAAAUACACAAUUGAAAUGGCAGUUUAUAUCAUUAAGGAGAUUCUCGAGAGUAAAAAUUUAUCAUAUAAGAAAAAAAUUGAAGAAGUCCUUAAAGGUUGCAAAAAAUACGUGAUUGAAGGCCAGGAUCAAAACAGAGGUUGGUUCCAGUCACUUUUAAUAGUUGACAUGCUGACUAAGACUGCUGCUAAAUUAUCAAAAACUAGUGAGUAUAUGGAAAGGAUUAACAGGAUAAUUAAGAAUAAUAAACCCGUGGAAAAGAAAGUUCCACCAUUUGAUAAUCUGUUUACGCAUUUCUUUGUAAAACUAAAGGACCAAAAGCUAAGUAAGUCCAAACAGCUCCCCAAACUUGACCAGAAUCUUGAAAGGGCACUAAAUGGAACCAAAGAAUUGGUAGUGACUAAUAGAGAUGUUGAUACUAAAUAUUGUCUGUAUAAGCCUGGAGUGGGUGAUCAUAAAAUUGACGUUGAAUUUAGUCAGGUUAAAGAUAAAAUUAAGCCCGGCUACGAUAUACCACAGUUACUCCAAACCUCAACUAACCCUGAUAACUUGAGUACCAAAGGUAGUAGUGAAUUGGACAAGGAAAAUAAUAUGUAUAUGAAUGUAGAUUUAUUGCGCACACUAGUUUGUAAUAAUGACUUUUUAAGCCAUGAUUUAGAUCUUUCAGUUGAUUCAUUUAAGUCCUCCCAACAACUUCAAAAGAAAAUUGUUAAUUGUUUUAAGUAUAUAAUUGGUGUUUUGACUGAGUCUGAGUCUGAACCAGAACCCUCAGAAAACAUGCUCCCUGUUGGCUCUGUAAAUAACGACACACUCAAUUCAAAGAUGGAUGAUGAUAUAAAAGCCGAUUGGAGUGUAAUUUCUAUACCUGAUAUUGGUAUUUCUACAGUGAAAAAAUCGCAAUUGAGCGGAAUGGACCUGUACUUUUUAUCGCAAGCAUACUCCCUGGCAGAGUCGUCGAGUGAGUACUACCGCAAGGGCCAGUUUUUCAAAGUAUUGGACAUGGUUGAGAAGUUUAUAACAUCACUCUCCAGUGUAUACUUAUCUUACAUUAAAAACUUCUUAUACGUGUAUAAGAGGGAAGAUGAGAAGAAUAAAGCUAUCAGAUUUGUGCUUUUUAAGAUCCUUUACAUACUUCUUAGGGUCCUGGGACCUAUUGUUCCUCAUAUGUGUGAAGAUAUCUACAGGUCAAUUAAUCCAGAAUCUAUUUCACUGUUCAGAAGAAGAUGGCCAGUGAGACCCAAGACACUCACUGAUGUCACUGAGUCCAUUGGGACAGCAUUGACAGUUAGGAAACUGAUCAAUAAACAGCAUGCUCACUCUAAUAACUUUAUCCUAAGGCUGGAAAAUAACCAAAUUACAGAAGUCUUACGCCUCAUACAGGACCAGUAUAAGGUCGAUUUGAACUUAUUGUUUAACGUGGCUGGAGUGGAAUUCGUGAACAAGCUGAAGAACGGUCACGGCGAUGGAAUUGUAAAGUAUGAUUUGGUGGACUCAAAGUAUAAAAAGUGUAAAAGGUGCUGGCUUUUCAAGAAAAGCGUUGGGGAAAACCUGCUCUGUGACCAAUGUCAAGAAUUUCUAAAUAAUUACUACACCAAAACUAAAUAA